AUGGAUCUGGCAGCCUUUGAGCUGUCGUGCCGCCAGUUCUUCUACGAUGGCAACGAGUCAGCUCGAGAGAAGAUGGACAAAGCAGUCCGACAAGCCGAGCCACACCAGCGCAUGAUCUUUACCCGCCUGAUGGCCUCAGUCAGGGCAGAGUUCCACAAAGAUCGGGAAGCAGACCGUCGGAGAGAGUAUCACAGACUGCUGCCGACCUACGAACUCGAGAGUGUGGUCAGACAUGCCGUCGCACUCCCGCCGCGACCGAUGGCUCAACCGUCAGGUCAGACGACCGUCAAGCCAUCAGAGCUUCAUCAACCCUCGCUCUUCCAGUCCACGAGCGCAACGGAAGUCCAGGCUAUGCGCAGUAGCCGAGCAAAGACAGUCAGAAGAGGAGAACUCACUGCAUUCCUCAAAGACUACGCGAGCAAAGUCAUGAUCGGACCGCAACCGUUCCUGCGCUCGCUCUUUGCUGUCCUCGCACUUCAGACGACAGACAGCUAUGGUCAGCGCUGUCUCCAGUGGGACAUUGACGACGCUGUCUUCAUCGAGGCAAGCGGAGCUGCUUUUGCUCGUGACGCCCUCCGCCUGCUUGUCUCGGUUAUUGGCUUUCGCAUGCAAUCGCCAAGCUUGCAUGGCUUUCCGGGUGUGCCUGUGACUGAGAACAAUGCGACCCAAUCGACCGCGUUGCUCAGUCAUGCCUCUAUCGACGGCGUACCAACAGUGACCACGCCCGGAUCAAAUCCUUUUACUGAUCCAUCACCGCAUGGUCAACAAAGACGCCAGGAGGAUAUGCCACUGCUGAUUCGCACCUUUGUCCUGCCGCCCUACUACGAGAACACAGAGCUGGUCGCGCUGCUAAAGCUGUUUCCGACUUUCAUCAGCGAACCGGGCUGGAAGCUCGCGCAUUCGAUGGCCGACUCAAAGCACCGCAAAACGGACGCGGAUCUUGAAUCUGCCAGUGUCCACUCGUCCAAGAAGGACUUCUCGUACGAUACGCUCGGGCAUGGCCUGAUCAGCUCUAGUCAGCACGAAAGACUGUCGGGCUUCAAAGGCAGCCUGCUCGCCCGCUUCUGGCUCUGGCUCAUCUCGCUCUGUUUCUGA